CAUCUCAUCUUCUUCAACCACUAGAUGUUGGUGUUUUUGGGCCACUCAAGCGCGCGUACGGGAAAUUGGUUGAGGGGAUGAUGGUAGCUGGAAAUAACCAUAUGAUCCAACGGUCUCUGGCCAAGGGGAAGCGCCUCCAACAACUCGCAGAGCAGCACAAUUGGUCCCAGGAGGACUAUCACCAGGCUAAUGAGCUGAUCGGAGAGCCCACUCCAUAUGGUCUUCACGCGACCAUGUUCUUGGUAAGCCUGCUCCGGUCGACCGAACUGGCCUGCUAGCUAACGGUUUAGGUCACCCUCCGAGAACAAACUACCCCCGAACAGAAGAAGCUUUUAUUGCUUUGAGUUCACCGGUCAAUCCGUGCUAGGAUGGUAACCCCCCAUGCGAGCACCCAAUUCCUUGCAGUCUCUGGGUUAACUAGCCCUUCCUGUGGAUUUGAAAGGGAACAAGGGCAAAGGAAUUGCGGUCCGCUUAUUUGUGAGGAGGAACCGCUCAGUCGCCUGGAUGUCGCCAAUAAAAAGCCCAUUCUUUACGCAAGACCAGGAACAACCAGAGCAUGGUUUCUAAGCAAGAUGGCCAGUUCAUCUUUCCAGUCUUCAGUCGAACAAGAUGAGCAGUUCUUGAACGCCUAUAAGAGAGAGCAUUUCAAGGGCAGUGCUCUUGUCCGGGUGGAUAAUCUUUUCUUCGAAAGCAAUCUUAGUUCUCAAUUAGACGACUUAAGCGAUCUGCCCCGUCUAAAGAGGGUCUUGGAGAACCAGGGUGUUCUCCGACUAGAUCCCAUUUACCAUGUUCCCGUUCUGGUCCCCAUCGCUGACUGGGGCACGCAGGUCCAAUUACGAGAAGUAGGAGGUCCGCUUCCGGAAUUGGAUAUACCAAUCAACUACUCCUUGCGGGCCAUGAAAUAUAGAAACCUCGUUACCGCAGCACGAGGCCAGCUGGUCGGCCUGAACCGAUGGUGGGUGGCGGACAUCUACGUCGAUGAUGAAACAGGUUCGUUCAUGCUCCCCGACACGCGCCAGUUUCCUUGCCAGACACCUCCCCAGCCCCAUCCGCUCCUAGCAUGACUAGAUAUGAAAGGCCGAAGGACAGCGGACUGACCUUCGCUGGCUUUCAACAUAUUCAGACAGGCAUGGUGAUGAGACCGUCCAUGAGCCACCUUUACAUCAGCACUUCCUUCGCUCCCUCCACGAAGGCUUCAAGAACGAAACCCGACCAUCCGAUGGGCUGAUCUACCAGAAGAUUCGACACUACCAAGGUCAAAAUAGCCCAGCGGACAAGGUGGCGGAAAAGGAUUGGUGGGCUAUCCUGGAAGGUGGUUA